AUGGCACUGUUGCUAGAGCCAAAUCAGGAUGAUGAAGAUAAGCUCGACUGGAAGGAUCGUUUCCCAGGCUACUUGAUGAGCUUUGCCUCCAUCUUGUUUAUGAUUGCCCUGACAUUCUCGAUUGUCUUUGGGGUGAUUGUAUAUCGGAUCACAACUGCAGCUGCUCUGUCUCUGAACAAGGCCACACGCUCCAAUGUCCGGGUGACAGUGACAGCGACAGCGGUCAUCAUCAACCUCGUAGUCAUCCUCAUCCUGGACGAGAUCUACGGUGCCGUGGCCAAGUGGCUCACCAAAAUCGGUACUGUGCCCUGAACCCCUUGUUUAUCCUAAGCCCCUUUGAACGCGGUCAGUUCAACGUGUGCAGGGUCAUCGGUGGUAAUGGCCCAAACUGAAAAAAGGGAUGCUUUUUAGAGCACAUUUUAAUUGGAGAAAUGAGGAAACACGGUAGUUAUGCACCUGCCAAGGGCCUUUCUUCAAGGCAGGAGUCCUUUCUGUAACAUUCUUUAUCAAUAGUCUCCUUGCCCAUGUCGAUUGCCUCAUGAGAUAGAGAACUCACACUUCCCUAAGGAUAAUCCAUGGAGUCUAUUCUUUUU